AAAUACACAAACUUCCCAGAACCGAUGGAGGACCAAAACCCUUUUCAGGACCCUGCAGUGACUCAACACAACAGCAACAUAGGAUAUACCACACUGGACCUUUACAACCUGGUUCAUAAUACAACUGACCCUCCUCCACCAUAUGAAGCCAUUCCUCCAUCUGCACCUGUGCAGACCCCAAAGAGCACGACAACGCCUACGGAGUCUCACAUAUAUGGCUCCUACGACUCCCAGCCUGUCGUGAAUGCUGCUAAGGCAGAGCUGAUGAGGAAGUAGGAGGAGCUGGCAAAGAAACCCCAGGAGCUGGAGAGUAUAGAGCGGAAGCUUAUGACACACAACCUCGUAGCAGGAGCCUCCCGGGAGAAUAACUGCCCCUCCCCGCCUUCCUUCUGCUCUGUGGGUCCCUGUUUCUAUCAGGACAUCAAUGUGGAGAUCAGCCAGCAGUUCCAGCGCACGGUCACCAUUAUGUACUACUUCUGGUUGUUCUGCACAGGCACGCUGUUCUUCAACCUGAUCUCUUCCUUGGUCCUGUUCUGCAUCACCUUGUCCAGUGAUGCUCGCUCUGGUCUGUACCUCGCCGUGCUGUGGGUCGGACUUUUCACUCCCUGCUCGUAUUUCUGCUGGUAUCGACCUGUGUACAAAGCCUUCAGGAAUGACAGCUCCUUCAACUUCUUUGCCUUCUUCUUCAUUUUCUUUGCCCAAGUGGUUGUCUUUGUCAUCAUGACCAUCGGCAUCCCUGGUUGGGGGUUCAGUGGUUGGAUUGUGAGCCUUUCAGCUCUGAGCUUCAGCCUCAUUGCCAGUGUGAUCAUGAUGAUCAAUGCCAUUCUCUUUACUGCAGAAACCAUUAUGGGGGUCGUCAUGCUGAAACGGAUCCACAAUCUGUACAAGCAAACCGAUGGCAGCUUUCAGAAGGCCCAGGCUGAGUUGGCCACUGCAGUCAUGUCCAAUCAUGCUGUACGCCAGGCUAUUGCCAGCGCCUCUGCCAGUGUUGCCCAGGGGGCCUCCACUGCCCCUUGA